AUGAUCAAGUCGCUGGUUUAUUACGGGAACACCCAUGUUGGGGAGGUGGAGGUGUGGCCCAAGGGCCAGACGGACCUGGCGUGGGCGCGCGAGAUCCGGGUGGACCGGCUGUCCCCGGCCAGCGAGCGGUGCCCGCCGCUCGCCGUGCUGCACGUCGUCGCGGCCGGCGCCCGAUGCCUCGUGAUGGAGUCGAAGUCCACUGCCACGGCUCACGAGCCCCCGCCGCCGCUCGUCACCAUGCACACCACUUGUCUCAAGGAUAACAAGACGGCUGUUUUUCCACUUGGAGCAGAAGAGAUACACUUAGUGGCGAUGACUUCUAAGAGAAACAUGCCAAAUGGUGCAUGUUUUUGGGGCUUUAAAGUGCCAUUGGGCUUGUAUAAUUCUUGCCUGAGUAUGCUGAAUCUUCGAUGCCUUGGUAUUGUGUUUGACCUUGAUGAAACAUUAAUUGUUGCCAAUACCACGCGAUCUUUUGAAGACAGGAUAGAUGCUAUUCAGAGAAAAUUGAAUAAUGAGACUGAUCCGCAGCGCAUUAGUGGUAUGUUGGCGGAGAUCAAGAGGUACCAAGAAGACAAGUCUAUCCUAAAACAGUAUAUAGAAAGUGAUCAGGUUACUGAUGGAGGAGAAUUGUACAAAGUACAAUCAGAGGUCAUUCCACCCUUAGCUGAUAAUCAUCAACAACCUAUGACACGCCCGAUUAUAAGGUUGCACGAGAAAAAUAUUAUCUUGACACGUAUAAAUCCAUCAAUAAGAGAUACUAGUGUUCUGGUGCGGUUAAGACCUGCAUGGGACGACCUUCGGAGCUACUUAAUUGCAAGAGGUCGCAAACGUUUUGAGGUUUAUGUGUGCACAAUGGCUGAGAGGGACUACGCUUUGGAAAUGUGGAGGUUGCUUGAUCCAGAUUCAAGAUUGAUAAACUCCGUUCAACUUCUUGACAGACUUGUAUGUGUCAAAUCUGGGUCAAGAAAAUCUUUGCUAAAUGUGUUCCAUGAUGGAUCUUGUCACCCUGGAAUGGCCCUUGUCAUUGACGACCGUUUGAAAGUUUGGGAUGAGAGGGACCAACAUAGAGUUCACGUUGUUCCUGCAUUUGCUCCAUAUUACGCUCCCCAGGCAGAGGCAAACUUCCCUAUUCCAGUUCUAUGCGUCGCACGGAAUGUUGCUUGCAAUGUUAGGGGUGGUUUCUUCAAAGAAUUUGAUGAGGGUAUCAUUCCAAGGAUUACUGAAGUUUGUUAUGAGGACGAAUUGGAUGACAUUCCUUCUGCUCCUGAUGUUAGCAAUUAUUUUAUUUCAGAGGACGAGAAUGCUGCUGUUUCAAAUGUAAACAAAAGCCCACUAGCUUUUGAUGGUAUGGCAGGUGCAGAGGUUGAGAAGAGAAUGAAGGAAGCUUCUUCCAGCUUUCAAUCUGCGAAUCCAAUAACAAAUAAUGUCGAUCUGGUGUCAGUAGCCGCUAACCAACACUUUGUUACACCUAUAUCCUCAUCUACUCCAGUAGCACCACCACUGGGUAUGCCUUUGAAUAAUGAUCUGGAUCCUCAGCCUCCUUCACUAAGAUGGCAUGUUGCUCAAUCUGGCCAUGUGGAUCCUUCCCAAGGUUCUCCGGCUAGAGAAGAGGGUGAAGUUCCUGAGUCUGAAUUGGAUCCUGACACUCGGAGAAGGCUUCUCAUAUUACAACAUGGUCAAGACACAAGAGAUCCUGCACUGCCGUUUCCUGCUGGACCUCCUUCACAAGUCUCAGUACCUCCUGUGCAAUCUCAUGGAAAUUGGGUUUGCUUAGAGGAUGAGAUGAACCCUAGGAACCUGAACAAGGUUUCAACAGAAUUUAAUUUCGAAUCUGAUUCUGUACAGUAUGAUAAGAAGCAAUUGCAGCAUACAUCAUACAUCCCUAUCGGGGAUAAUCCUAUGUCUUAUGAUAGAUACAAUUAUCAGAAUCAGAGAUAUCCUUCUCAGCCACCUCAAAGUGAAGAUCAUCAUACACUUCAUAACCAUGCACCUACAGCUUAUCGAUCCUUUUCUGGGCAAAGAAGCAGCCAUAUGGAAUCGGGACGACAUUUUGCACGAUAUGGAGGAAUUCCAGGUGUAUUAGAGGAAAUUGCGUUGAAGUGUGGAUUUAAGGUGGAGUACCAAUCAACUUUAUGUGAUACGGCAGAGUUGCAAUUCUCCGUUGAGGUUUUGAUUUUUGGAGAAAAAGUAGGUGAAGGAGUUGGAAAAACAAGGAAAGAAGCACAGUGUCGAGCUGCAGAUACAUCCUUAAGAAAUCUGGCAGACAAAUUUCUAUCAUGGGACCCAGAUAAGGUGACAUUUCUGAAGGAGAAUGACUUUAAUAGACAUCCCAAGUCAAACAGAUAUCCAGGAAGUAAUAUAUAUGACACAUUACCAGUUGCAAGCACUUCAGAUGAGUCUAGAUAUAUGAAUGACAGAAUUGAUACUUUAAGAAAACCUGGUGCUUCUUUUGCUGCUCUUAAGGAGCUUUGUACGGUUGAAGGGUAUAAUUUAGAUUUCCAUGCUCAGCCAUCUGUGGAUGGUUCAGUAGGUAAAGAAAUUCGUGCUCAGGUAGAAAUAGGAGGAAAAGUCCUUGGUAAAGGAAUUGGAGCAACAUGGGAGGAAGCUAAGCUGCAGGCUGCUGAUGAGGCAUAUGGAACGUUGAAAUCCAUGCUCGGUCAACAUGUUCCGAGGCAAUCUGCAUCUCCAAGGUUAAUGGCGCCGAAUUUUAAUAAGCGCUUCAAGCCAGAUUUCUCCCAGGCACUACAAAGGAUUCCUUCAGGCAGAUAUUCUAGAAAUGACAGUCGUUUUCCUUGA